CAGCAACUCAUCUCUAAUCAGGGAAGAAAAGGGAAGAUAAUGGACAAGUAUUUGAUAAAGAAAUCAGCAAAUGCCAACACCACCACCCAGCCCCAGGGGGCUAUCACCAGCAACAAUUCAAGUGGCAGUAGUAAUGCAUCAAGACCUGCAGCAAAACAUAAUUCUGCUGUGCCUGAACUAGUUGAUUUGAAUAAGCUCCCUCGCGAUCCAGCUAAAAGGAAGCGAAUGGCAGAUUAUCACCCCAACCAACGUGACGAGAUAAGAAGGAAGUAUUUGAUUUGGGGACCUAAUCAGCCCCGCAAAUUGGAAUUUCCAUACAGGGAGAUUGGGAAGAAGAAAAAGAAGAGGAGAUUCAAUCCGGAUUGGUAUGAUGAUUAUGCUUAUUGGCUAGAGUACAGCGAGAAGGAGCACAAAGCCUAUUGCUUAUGCUGCUAUUUGUUUAGGGACAACAUUAAAGACAGCCACCAUGGGCACGAUGCAUUUGUAGUAGAAGGUUUCAACUGUUGGAACAAGACAGAGAGAUUUGUAACUCACGUCGGUGAUCGUAACAGCUUUCACAACAGAGCACUCAAGGAUUGCGAGGAUCUAUUAAAGCAAGAUCAAUCAAUCCCUGCAGCCUGGAAUAGACAAAGCCAAACUGAAAAGAAUGAGCAUCUCAUCAGGUUAAAUGCCGCAAUUGAUGUUUGUCGAUACUUGUUGCAUCAGGGACAACCUUUCCGUGGCCAUGAUGAAUCUAAAGAUUCUGGAAAUAAAGGAAAUUACCUUGAGUUGAUGGGCUACACUAUUAAGCAAAAUGAUGUUGUUGCCAAGGCAUUCAAGAAUGCUCCAAAUAAUAAUCAAAUGUUGUCUCCCAAAAUUCAGAGAGAUAUUACCGAGUGUUUUGCAAAAGAAGUACUAGGCCAUGUGAUGAAAGAAAUUGGUAAUGGUGUGUUCAGCUUAUUAGUUGAUGAGUGUAGGGAUGUUUCCGACAAAGAACAAAUGGCGGUUGUUCUCCGAUAUCUUGAUAAGUGUGGACUAGUCCAAGAGAAGUUUGUUGGUGUUGUUCAUGUGGAGGAGACAACAUCUUCUUAUCUCAAGUCUUGCAUAGAUUUAUUAUUUUCACAACUUGGGCUGAAUCUUGAACAAGUUAGAGGCCAAGGUUACGAUGGAGCAAGUAAUAUGUCUGGUGAGUUUAAUGGUUUGCAAGCUAAAAUUAUGAAUGAGAACAAAUCAGCAUAUUAUGUACAUUGUUUUGCUCAUAAACUCAACUUGGUUGUUGUGGCUAUUGCAAAGAAGAUAUUCGAGGUCGGAGAUUUCUUUGAUAUGGUUUCAGUUUUGCUGAAUGUCGUGGGCGCGUCUUGCAAGAGAAAAGACCAACUUCGUGAGCAUCACCAAGAAGAAGUGAGAAAAGCAAUAGGAUGUGGAGAGAUUGCUACGGGGACGGGACUGAAUCAAGAAUUAUCUCUUCAAAGACCAGGUGACACUCGAUGGAACUCCCAUUAUAAAACACUGUUGGGUUUGUCCAAGAUGUUCUCAUCUGUGGUCAAAGUACUAGAAUAUGUCGAGAAAGAUGGCACAGAUACCGGAAAGAGGCGGCAAGCUAGAGGUCUUCUAAAAUAUUUCCAGACCUUUGAUUCUGCAUUUUUCUUACACAUGAUGAUGAUGAUGAUAUUAGCUUUAACAAAUGGGCUGUCAAAAACCUUACAAAGAAAGAAUAAAGACAUUGUAAAUGUUAUUUCAGAUGUGGAAUCAACGAAACGAGAGUUAAAAAAACUCAGAACCAAUGAGGGGUGGGAUUCCCUUAUGAAAAAGGUAUGUUGUUUUUGUGAGAAGCAUGACAUGCCAGUGCUUGACAUGGAAGAUGCCUAUGUUAACCCAAAGAAGCCACGACAAAAGACUGGCAUUAGCAAUGAACAUUAUUAUCGUGUUGAGACAGACAGACGUGGCAUGUUCGUGGCCGGCCUCAUAUGCGCGCACGCACCGUCGCCAAACUGGCCGCAGGCUCUGAGAGCGAGAGACGACGCACGACGAUGCACCGCACCGACCACCUAA